AUGGCGCCGAUAACUAUAAUUAGCUAUCCUGUGAAAUUUGGUCUACUUUUGAUUGGUGCUUGGCCGAAAUCUUCUCAAAUAAUUUUGAAACGCGUUCUUUGGACGAUCGCAUUAGGAAUCUCCUUGACAUCCCAAUUUUGGUACUGUGCUUCUUAUAGCCAAACAGAAAGCUUGCCCGACCUGUUGGAUAAUUUGAGCGUGAUCUUAUCGGAUCUCAUUACAUUCAUUAAGAUGAUCAUUAUUUGGUUCAAUUACCGAUUAUUUUCCGACAUCUUAACGAUCGUGUUCGAAGAUUGGAAUGAUAUUACUCUAACCGAACGGAAUAAACAUGUAAUGGAGGACAAAGCUCUUUUGGCCUCUCGCAUUUCAAAAUUUUUUUUAGGCAUUUAUUCGAUGACUUGCAUUUUAUAUGCAGCAUCCAACCUGUUAUUUGUCGACGACACUGACGAAGAAUUAACUUCGAACGAGAAGAAAUUAUUGUUCAAAAUGAGAUUUCCCUUCGACACCACGGGCUUUCCGAUUUAUGAAAUUAUCCUAAUCGCACAGUUUACGCUUGAAUACAGUAUAGCUGUCAUUACAUCAAUGUUAAUAGCGUUGUUCGCAGCACUAGUGCUACACGUUGGUAGUCAAAUUGAUAUAAUAUGCGAGGAGAUAAUGGAGUUUUCUAACUACUACGCGGAAGAAAGACCACGCGCGAUAAAAAACCUCAUUACCAAACAUCAACGGAUUAUUUAUUUAUCCGAAAAUAUUAAAGUCGUGUUUACCUAUGUGUCGUUGGUGCAAUUUUUUGCAAAUAUUCUAGUCAUGUGUUUUUUAGGAUUUAUUCUCGUACACUAUAUAGGCACCGAAGGAGGACCCACGAUAAUUGCGAAAUUAUUUCCCUAUUACGUAACUGUAAAUUGCGAAGCGUUCGUUCUUUGUUAUACCGGUGAAUAUCUUUCUUCGAAGAGUCAGAAUAUUAGCCAAACUGUGUACAAUAUGCUUUGGUACAAGUUAAACACUCGAGAGAGUCGAAUUAUAUUGUUGUUGCUGUUACGAGCGCAAAAGAAGCUGACACUUACAGCUGGAAAGUUCGUUGAACUCUCUUUGGAAACGUUUACUAAUAUGGUAAAAGCUUCUGGUUCGUAUGCCUCGAUACUACUGGCAGUAUAUUAG